GGGGCAUAAAAAACAUAACAGGGGGAAAAGGUGGUCACAUUGUUCGCAUUCACAAUUACAACGCCAUUUUUUUUUCAUAUUCUGGCAUUAUGUUUCAAUUUUGUGUUGAUGCAUUAGGUUUUUCGUCUGCAUCGAUUUGUGUGUUGGGAAUUUUGUUUGAUGAUCUGUUUUGGUGGGAGAAGACAGUAGUGAACUUCAAAGAAACAGAUGGACUCUACUGGAGCUUCUGUUUCUCUGAACGGUUCAUGCAUUACUGUUGCUGCUGCUGCAGAUUCUUCAAACAAUGUUCCUCAUUAUCUCCGGCCUUCCACUGGCUCAUGCCACGAUAUCUGUAAGUAUGGACGGAGACGACCAUUUGAAGAGCAGCCCACCAAACCUCUGCACAAGACAACUGCAAACCUUUCCAUACUAGUAGUCCCUUCUCAUCGGAGGAAGGAAACUGCCAAUGGCCAACCUUUACCUUCCUCCCAUACCAAAUCCUUUUCUCCCAGAGCAAAAUUUCAUUCCCCGAGGCUAAACAUUUCAGCAUAUGCUCCACAGGUUGUCAAGAGAGGUAUAAAGAGGGCUCAAGUUCAAGGAAAUGGAAGGAAUUCUAUUGGUAGUAGAAUGCCUAAACCAAAAGGGUGUCAACCAAAGAAGUCGGUUAUGGUUAAACUAUCCUCGCCUCGUGACAGCUUGGAUGGUGUGUGUGGGAAACGAAGACGAAAUGAGGAUGUCCAAAGUGGUGAAAAUAUACAAUCAUCAUCCAUGUUGGGAAAGAAACCUUUAUCCUUUAACACAGCAACGAGUGAUGAAGGGAAAACUGCCACUGCGGAAUUGUUGUCUCCUCGGAAGGAUCGAAUGAGGGUGAAGAGGGUUAAGACUGACCCAUUCAUCCCAUCAACACCAUCUUUAUCGGUCCAAGAAGAAGGUGAUCGAGGGAGUAAGAUGCCAAGAACCGGAACAGAGAGCAAUGAGUUUGAGUUUAGGUUUGAGGCCAUUACAGAUGUUCCAUCAUCCUCAUCUCAUGGAGACGAAGAUGAAGAAUCAGAUAUACUCGCCUCAGACACGACCGUGUCUCAGAAAAAUAAGAGCCGCAACAAGAGGAGGAGAACGAAUAUGGGGUUUCAAUAUGGAGAUAAACAAAAUCAGCCUGUGAAGGUCAAGUUCCGAAUUGGAAAAGUAAUUCAUCCACACGAGGAAUGUAAUGCUCUAAGACGACGUAAAUUUAGGAGUAGUAGAGUGGACAAGAUGAGAGCAGAUGAUUCUAUUUCCGGCAGUAACAACAAGUCUCUACGGUUUGGCCCUCCCAAGCCUUCAAGAUUCAAAGAUAAGUAUUGCUCGAGCAAGAACAGGCGUAGGAGAGUGAGAUACGGGAAGACAAGAAUCCUUGUACUUGAAGAUAGGAAGGGAGACUCGAAGAGAAACCACCACAAAGAGGAGGGUGAUGUUGUUGUUGCAUCACUCAUGUUGUUAAGGAAUAACUUAAAUCACCAAGAUCAUGUGGCUAGGAAGAAAGAUGUGCAGUGUUUGUUCAACAAUGUGAUCGAAGAAACUGCAAGUAAACUAGCUGAGAGAAGGAAAGGGAUGGUGAAAAGCUUAGUAGGAGCAUUCGAAACACUUAUCUCCCAACAAACGCGCAAGUGUAUUCUACAGCUAAGAAAGAUGAAUGGUUAGAGAUUUUGUCGUUUGUGGAUGUGCGGUGAGGAGUCUUUGUUUCUUGGCUUUACAACUAAGGGAAGAAGAAGAGACAACAAAAAUGAUUCAAAGUUUUGACAGUUUGUUUUGUUUUCUAACGUGUUUUCAUGAUUUCGAGUUUAAAUAUUGUAUAUGUUCUGCUCCUGUAAAAUGGGAUGUUGGUCUGAUCAAUUCUUUAGCAGUGUGGAUACCUCUGAGAAGUUGAGAUGUCGAUUUUGUAUACUGCUCAAUAAUAGAGAAAUGAAUAUUUUUGGUUUACUAUUUAUUAUUUUCACAAUAA